AUGGAGAACGUGGAAACUCAAUUGGCAGACCACUAUGAGUAUGCCGCAUGGCUUUGUGAGAGGUUGGAUAAUAUGACAUGGAUGAGAGAUGCAAUCCAUGCCCUGGGUGAACGAUUGGAUCAGUUGGCAAAUCGCAUUGCAACCAAUGCAGAUGAUACAAGAGAUGCAUUGACUGUUUUGGACGAUGCAACUGACGUUGUGCGCUAUGGGUUGAUGGAGUUUGGAGGAUUUGUGAGGAACCAAAGCCUCACAGGACAACAAAGGACCCAUAUGUUUACUCAGGAAAGGGCAAAUUUUGUCCUAUGGAACAUGCAGAGGAAUCGACCAGAUGACACCGACCCUUUAGAAGAUGCAGAGGAGGAAAAAUUGACAGAUGAUGAGGUCGAACCUUCAUCCACAGAAGGCAAACAGAACUUUGUGGAAGAUGUCGUGGCAGAAGGAACCAAACUCAAUGGGCAGCCUGUGGCAGAGCCUUUGGGUUUGGAGGCUCGGAUCGCCGCUCGUCAAGAUGAUGCAGAGAGCCUGGAGCUGUUGACGACGCUCUUGAAGCGGUCAAUUUGCGGCCUGGAUGAGCAGGGGCGAACCUUGCUGUUCUACGCAGUUCGCGGAAAUCGCGAUGAUGGAGGCCAAGCGCAAGCCUCGGCCGCGGCCGUCGCAAAGAAGCUCCUGGGUGCUGCCACACAGUGGGACGAGGUGCCCAGAUAUUUGGUGACCAGGCACAAUUUUGACGUCAAUUUUCGCGCGAGCGCCUCCGGCAUGACUCCAUUGAUGGAGGCGACGCGUUUUGGACACGUUUUUGGAGUUGAGCUUCUGAUGGAGCUCAGAGCAGAUCCUCAACAAAUGAACGCUAGAGGUCACACAGCGUUGGACGUUGCUCGGUCCAAAGUGUCCGAGUACCUGGACUUCCAGGAGAUGCAAUGCUCGGAGAAUCGUCUCACAGCGGUGGAGGAGUGCAUUGCGCGGGACCGCCAGCGCAUUGCAGACCUGCUGAUCCGGACAAUCACGCCUCUUACUGUAUACUCAACAUCAUGUAGCAAACCUGGCUUUCGAUCACCCAAACGAAAGCCACUGGCUGCGAUCUUCUUCGCGCCGAUGCGUAUCAGCUUAGCAUCCUUUGGGCUGCUGACCCUGACCCUGUUGCCCGUAGGAGAACUACUGCGCUUGCCGCAGCAGGGGUCCGUAUGCGAUGGGAACUGCCCCAACGGCUUAGAGUGCACAUGCUUGGCUUUGAAUCGUGGUCUUCGUAUUUGUGAGCCAGAAGGCUUCCUAUCUCCACCCAGCUAUGCGGAAGCCUACGAGCGCCAGGGGCUCACCUGUGAGCCCCGGCUGCCACUGGGCGCCAAGGCUAUGGCGCCUCCGCCCCUGGUCCCCGGUGUCGCGAUGGAUCCCAGGGAGCAACCGGCCUUGAAGAGCUGGGCACAAGAUGUGGGGAGAGGCUUCUAUUCCCAGUACCUGCUGAUCCAUCAUCCGGAGGACCAGCUGUUGGGGGUUCCAUUGCUGGCCGGUCCCGACGUGUCACCGGACUACUUCCACCGAGCCGCCCGGACGCUGCGGCAUAUCCUGCUGGACGCGCUGUCCAGCGACACCCUGAGCAGCUUGGCCCACACCGGGGUCCGCGUCUUGAUCGCCGGACCCAACGAUGGCGACGAAGACGAAAACGAUGAAAACGAUGAAAACGAUCCAUGGUUGAGACAUCCAGAGUGCAGCAAACAUUUCACCACUGGACUUGGAGGUGGCUCACCCCUCUUUCCAUCCACCGGAGUUUAUCAAGAUGAGAGCCAAGUGACUUUGGUGGAGGAACUCUUGCAUACCAUUCAGUAUUGUGCGCUGUCUCCCCGCAGCGUGUGCAUGUACCACAAGGCCUAUCAGCAUGCCAUGCGGCAUCACCUCUACACCACUGAUGGCUCCGCAGAGGAAGUGGAUGGCGAGCCAGUGCCUACCGUUCAAGCCGAUGAAUAUUUGGCCAUGGCGAUGCAUCGAUGGUUUGGCAGUGUGGAUGGGAAGAAUGAAUACAAGGUUCCGGGAAACACCGCAGAUGCCACGGGCCGGCAAGCGCUCCAGGAACAGGAUCCAAAGGCCUUCUGCAUUUUGUCCAGCAUUUUUCGUGCGGACGAUGCUUGGAACCCGGAUGAGACCUUGGAACCCUGGGCCAGCCAUGGAAAUCGGAAGAUGGAUCUGAGUGAAGUUCAACGCUUUUGCAAACCCGUCCUAGAAAAGUUGGCCAUGGGGUGUCCCAAAAGUAGCAUCUCCUGGCCCAGCACCCGGAAAAAGGAGCUGCAGUUUCUGACAGUACAGGGCACAGCCACCACCGAGCUUUUGAAGUUUCCUUGUGUGGCCGCCGCGGCGCAGGAGCGCUGCGGUGCCAGCGACCCAGGUCGCAAUGCCGCCAUCGUGGAUGAUCCAAGAGGCCUGGCUGCUCGGGCUGCCAAAGAGGCUGUGGCCAAAGAGGCUGUGGCCAAAGAGGCUGUGGAGGCAGAUGCAGUGAAUAUGGUCCGGGAAGAUGCAAAUCUCUGGUGCGCAACGACCGCAGCUAUACUGGAGGAAUUGUGGCAUGGACGUCGGUUCAAUGGUAUCGUGACCGCCUGGGAUGAGAGUCAGGGCUAUGGUCUAGUGAAGCCGGAUGGGGUUCAGGACGGAGCCCUUGACAUCAUCGUGCGUCGAAUGGUGCUGGGCGACCAGCAGAUCUGCCCCGGCUGCACCGUGCAGUUGGAGGCAGAUCUCUCCGAGGCCAAAUCGAGCUACGAAGCCACGAAGUGUGUGGUGGUUGGAGCACCCAUGAUGGCCCAGCAGGUGGUGGAUGGUCCUAUGGUGGGUCGAAGGGACAAGUACAAGCAGACGGCUGCAAUGGCUGUGCAGGCUAUGGCGGAAACUGCUGUGGAGGUUGUGGCCAAUGCGGAGGAUGUGGUUGCGGCUGCAACGCAUGUCAAGGAUGCGGUGGCUGUGGCCAAUGUGGAUGUGGUGGCAACUGUGGAUGUCAAGGAUGUGCCGGCGGAUGUCAAGGAUGUGGCGGUUGUGGAUGUCAAGGAUGUGGCGGUUGUGGAUGUCAAGGAUGUGGUGGUUGUGGAUGCCAAGGAUGUGGCGGUUGUGGAUGCCAAGGAUGUGGUGGUUGUGGAUGCCAAGGAUGUGGUUGCGGCUGCGGAGGAUGUGGCGGUGGUUGUGAUGGGGGAGGCUGCUGCGGUGGAUGUGGCUGUGGCUGCGGCGGUUGCUGCGAUGGCUGUGGCUGCGGCUGCGGUUGCCAAGGAUGUGGAGGCUGCGGUUGCCAAGGCUAUCAAGGAUGCGGUGGCUGUGGCUGUGGUGGUUGUGGAUGUCAAGGUUGCCAGGGCUGCCAAGGAUGUGGAGGCUGUGGCUGCCAAGGAUGUGGAGGCUGUGGCUGCGGCGGCUGCGGCGGCUGUGGAUGUGGAUAUGGCUGCGGCUGCAUGGGCAAUGACAUGGGUUGCGGCAUGCAAGGCAUGCAGGGCAUGCAAGGAAUGCAGCAAAUGGGCAAUGCCUGCAUGUGGCAAAGGGUCCAGUGGCUACGGCAAGGCCGGUCCACCUGGCAGGAACGAUCCCUGCGAGAACCUUUUUGUGACUGGAUUGCCGCCUGAGAUUGACGAGAGGGGCUUGAGGGAAUUGUUCACCUACUACGGAACGGUGGUAAGAUGCAAGGUCUUGCCCAACAAGGGCCAGAUGGACCGUGCGGGGUUGGUGGAGAUGAUUGACGUAGGGCAAGCGGCCUGGAUCGUGAACAACCUGAACGGGAACACGCCGGCCGGUUUGACCUCACCCAUCAAAGUGGUCUUCUCCCAGUCCCAGCGGGGCAAGGGUGCAUACCGUCAAUCGCCUUAUGACCAACCGCAGCCCGGAAACUUCUUGGCGGGCCUGGAGAUCAAACUGGCCACCCACACCAAUGAUGCUGGAAAUAAGCUUUGGGUGGGACAGAUCCCAUUGGGAACCAGCAAGGACGUGUUGUGGCACGAGUUCACCAAGUUUGGUCCUGUCCAAGACGUCUACAUAAGAGAUGAUGGCAAGGUCUACGGACGAAUGUGGGGCUUCAUCACCUUCGUGGACGCCAGUGGGGCCAAUGAAGCAUUGAGCGCCUUCCAGACUGGUGCUUUCAACUCGGGUAACCAGGUGAAGGGCCUGUGCUCCGCCGAGCGCUUGGAUGAGAUCGAUGCCUUGCUGUCCAAGUUGGUGGCGGAUCGACCACAGGUGGAGAAAGGCGAUGAGCAAAACUUGGCCCCGGAGGAUUUGUUGAACUUGCAUCUCACAUGCAAGGAGGUGCUGGAGCUUUGCCGGGAGCCGUCCGUGUUGCGUUUGGCUGCGCUCAUUUUGGGAACUGAGGACCUGAGCGUUUUCACCUCACGAAUCCUCUGCAAAGAACCCGGUACGGGCAAGGAAAUUGUGUGGCAUCAGGACUCCAACUACUGGCCGUUGACCGAUCCGGCGAACCCAAAGCCUUCGUCCCAGCUGACUUUGGAGGACGUGGCGCCUCAGGUGACCUCGCUGUGGCUGGCCGUGGAUCGGGUCAGGGAGGACAACGGCGCCAUGGAAGUGCUGACCUUCAGGGCGCAACCCGAGAGCUGCCAGAUGUUGCCACAGGAAUUUAUUGUGGAUGCUGGGGGAUCUACAGAUGGUUUUGAUAACUUCAACCUCUCCCUGGACGAGUCCAAGCUGAACGUCGGCAAGCGGCGGAGGGUCACCAUCCAGCGGGGCGAGGCGGAGUUCCAUUCGGCCUACACCAUCCAUCGCAGCGACCCCAACCGCAGCACCAUGCGACGUCUGGCGUGGAUUGUGCGCUACUGCGCCACAGGGACGCGGGUGGUGCCAGGGAUCCGAGGCUCCUUUGAUGAAGGCUACCGGCUGGUGCCGGUCAUGGGCCGAGGCGCCGUGGAACUGGAAGGAUUGCAUUCGGUGGACGACAAGGAGGAUGGCCGGGUGGUUCGCAGCAUCUAUGCUCCAUGUUUUGGAAAUGCUGUGAAGGAGUUGAAGAAGUGA